CUCACACAGCCAACACUAGUUCGUUCCUGAACAAGAUCAUUCGCAUACAACCUCGAGUAACCUUGGCCCUCAGCACCUGAUGGAGAGCCCUCUGUUCAGUGGCCAACUCAUCAACGUCGACGAGUCUUGUCCAACCACCCAGUUACACCAGCCACGAGUUCACGAGGUACCGUCGUAGCAAGCACAGCAGCUGAUCUCUGUCUCACCGCGGGAAACACCAUCCACAACGAUUCUCGUGGCGUCGUCUCCGCUCUUAAGUACAAGCAAGGACUGGCUUGCUCGGUUUGCCCCCUACAAGAGGACGGCGGCGGGGAGGGGGGGGGGGGGCUUUGCUUGUGGCACAGUGACAGUCACCUCCUGUUGGUUCGGUUGGUUGUUUUUCUGUUGGAGCACGAGAGCGCUGUUGGAGAUGAGUUUCCUAAUAUGGGACAAGAUGGGCCCUCCCAUCAUCCAUGCGCCGCCUACGCCGCACUCCAGCCCAGCCCAACCCAACAACAGGCCCAGUUCUACAACAAGUGUGGACUCUCUAUGGACUACAUAGCCUUUGCCUGUAUAGUAAUAUCCUUGCUUUUUCAUGUAUGGAUCGGAGCAUCUUUGGGCAGAGAAGAGGGAGUGGGGGAGCAAUAUGAGCGGGCGGUGGUCCUUUUCUUCUUCCUCUCACAUCCCACCCAAACCCUUGCAACCCAGGCUUGGGAACAACAACUGCAACAGUGGUUGGCCGAGUCUCACAACCUCUUUACCAAGUUGUCGGGACGCUCAAACACUCGACAGCCUUGAUUGGUUUGCAUAUCGCUCCCCUGAGGCGAGAGCAUGUAUCUGAGACACCUGUAUGAGCAACCAACCCGUCUAUAUCAGGGCUGGCUAUCCUCAUUCCACCACACCACACCACACAUACCCCGGGCCGUGAGACACCCUGGCUUGCCCUCUUAUUCUUAUUUGGCGAGGAGGUCCUUCGCCCUCCCUUUCUCUACGUUCGAGCCGUUUGAGGCUUUGGACGACAGAAUCCUUCCUUCGACAUACACACCCCCCCCUUUCGACUCGACUGAGACUCCACACCGUGCGGUGCGUUCCGUCGUGAACUCGACCUCCGUCCAUUCGAGAAUCCUCACGUCGAGUACCGUCAUACAAGGCCGCAAUGGACCCGCCGAAUCUGAUGCAGAGGGCCUCUGAAAAGUGCCGAAGGGGCCUGAGACGAACGUUCUCGAGCGGCAAGACACGGCCAGAUGACCACGGUCACGGCCACGGCCACAGCCACAGCGGCAGCGGCCGCGGCGGUGACAAGUCGGAUGUAAGUGGACGCUGGAGAGCGAGCUGGUCCUCCUUUUCGACAGCUUUUCUCUCCGCGGGAAGGGCCAGUAAGGAAGAUAAGCCCACGGCCGUCGAGGAGGUCAUGCCGAAAUGCGUUCCCACUGCCGCCCAUUUCCCCUUCUCACAGCUCCCUCCCGAGAUACGCCAUCAGAUUUAUCAGGAAUACUGGGUCGUCUCCGGGGUCUCGAGACACGCGUUCCUGCACAAUGGCAAGCUCGUGCACUCGCCCUGCAUCACGGACCACGAGGCACCGGACGAGAGGCAGGCCGGCGUCGCGAAGGCCUUUACGGCGUCGGGCAGCAAGGCCGAGGUGCAGUCGCAUCCCCUGUGGGCCAAGAGGAUGACUUCGAAGUGGUGCAAUCACUGGAGGUGUGAGGAGCUGUGGCAGGACAUACAGGACGGCAAAGAUUUUGACGCCCACAAGACGCUGUCUUACAGGUCUCUUCUGCUGUCUUGUAGAUGGAUAUACAGGGAAUGCCACCCGUCUCUAAAGGAGCACCAGUCCAUCACGGUCACGGACGGCCAGACCCUCCAUCGCGUGCUCUACUUCCCGCGGGCCAGCUACCUCGACCAGGCCACCGCCUUCAACAUCUCCCUGCGCGAGGACAGCGGCAACUACCUCUACCUCAACGCCACCAGCAUGUGGUUCGUGCUCCUGGACGACGACUUCGCCGCCGCCCGCGUCUACCUCUGGCUCGACGCCGAGUGCCCGCUCACCCGCCGCCUGCUGACCGAGUUCCGCAAGAUCCUCGGCAGCGUGCCCGACGCCCUCGCCCCGCGCCUGACCAUCGACUUCCCCUGCGACGCCCACGACGGCUUCUGGGCCUGGGGCGAGAUCGAGGUCGACACCUGGGACGCCUGCGCCCGCAGCGGCGGGAGGAAGACGGAGCCGCCGCUGGAGCCCAAGUUUAACGUCGUCGCGAGGGGCAGGCAGAGGUUCAACGAGACCGCAGGGGGCUACGUGAGCAGCGCGGACAUGGGGCGGCCGAGGCGGAGGGUCUUGAAGGAGAGCAACCCGUUCGAGGAUAUUCUGCUGUACGGGAGGGGGUUCCUUGACAAAGAGUACGUGUAGGAGGGUGUCCUGGAGGGUCACUCAAGAAGAUGCUGGUUAGUGAAUUUUGGAAGUGGAGGGAAGGUCCCUGGUGGCCUUUUGCUACGGCCAUUACUGAUAGUGUUCUCUCCCCUGAGUAUUCUGAGCGCGAGAGGUGACUGGAGCGCAAACUAGAUAUCAUGGCAGACAACUCACGGCUGAUUCCACCAGUAGCUUCUGAGACGUCAGGUCCACUAAUAGAUAUCUGAUAGAUUCGUUUGAC